AUGGAUGCCGAACGAGGGCUCAAAUCUGUCCGUUCCCGGAAGCAGAGGCCCUGUCCUCUACAGCUGGCCACCCUACAGGCACCGAAUACCGAAAUGCUUGUUAAUGAGAAAUGCAAGCACUCACAAUUUAUCCUUCUGAUGCUGCUUCUUGCCCAUCUCUCGUGCAGAUGCCUGAAACAACCCAACGAAGCAGCAGGCGCCCAGCCGAUGACACGCAUGUUCAGCUCGGCAGCACUGCCACGUCCAACACCGCCAUAG